AUGAAUAACGUAGAAGAGAUAGAAGAUUUCCAUGGUGUUUAUUUAUUAGUGAGUAAAAGCACAAAUCCAAAAUUUGCCGGCCGCACUUACAUUGGCUAUACUGUUGAUCCGAACCGUAGAAUCAAACAGCAUAACCUCGGCGAGGACGGUGGCGGUGCACGACGAACGUCCAACCGUGGUCCAUGGACCAUGGUCUUGAUUGUACACGGAUUCCCGAACAACAUAUCAGCUUUACGGUUCGAAUGGGCCUGGCAGCAGCCUCGCGUUUCGAGAAGGCUUAAACAAAUUCCAGAACUACAGAAAAAGCUUCGCAAGGAAUCCAACUUCGAAUACAACUUUCGCAUACUUACGGAAAUGCUGAGAAUUGGGCCAUGGAACCGGUUACCACUCGUAAUCCGCUGGCUUGCGGAUGAAUUCCAUCGGGAAUUUGAAGUAGGAAAAAAGCCUCCCCUUCAUAUGCCGAUCUGUUUUGGGCGAAUAAAGAAGGUCAAGCGCAAAAAGAAGACAGAAGUGACCGGUGAAAGAACGGCGCAAUCACAAACAACUAGCAGGCCCGUGACGAAUCAAGCGAAUAGUAACAAAAUAGCCAUCAAUUACGAUUUCGAUGAGUAUGAUCUGCUUGUGAUGGGUGGUGAGAAAGUCGGCGAUGAUCCAAACCCUGCGCGGAAGUCACCUACUCCAGCGACACCAAUAAGCAAUGAGAGUGUUGUGAUUAGUUCCGACUCGGAGGGCGACAAAGAUAUCGUGCAGAACGUUUCACAAUCAACAGCGAAAGAUUGUACAAUAUGUAGCCGGACGAUGAACGUGGAGGAAAUGGAACGGGAGGGUGAUUUAGUGUUACGAUGUUUACAACCACGUUGCCCGCUUGUUAGUCAUCUUGAGUGUUUGGCUGAAAUAGUCUUAGAAGCAGGUCAGUACGUUCCCGUCGAGGGCGAUUGUCCCGUGUGUGAGGGACACUUUCUGUGGGGUGAUGUAAUACGCAAAGCCAACGGUUGCAGCGAUUUGGUAGAUGAUGCGGAAAACGUUGACCCACUCGAGGUGGACGAUGUAUCGGAUGAGGAGCGGUAG